GGCGACCCUCCGUGGACAUCGUUCACAUGCUGAGCACUGACACCAGGACGAGGAAUAACACGCAGAGUUUGUGAAGCUACCUGUACUAUGUACUGAUACUAACAAAACAACAAUUCAAGCGCACUAGUCCAUCCACCCGCAAGUCAGCUUGGUGGUACCGUAUAUACGUUCAACUCUUAGUAAUUUGGUAAUUGAUGACCAUGGACAUCACAAAGUGGUUAGCAAGAAUGAGUAAUAAUUAUUUACUACAAAAGCAGCAGAGACAGUCGGCCACAGCGCAGAUGCGCUGAGAAAUUAGAUGAGUGUACUCUGACACCUUCCUAGACCUAAUAGCAGGAUUUGUUAACAUCCAUUUUAAGAAGGAUUUAUAGAAAAGCCUUUGUCUUUUUGGAGCGUUGGACGUCUUGGUUAAAAGGAUUUACAUAAAAGCCUGUCGUCUUGGAUAGUUGGAUAUCUUCGUCAAGUAAGGAUUUCUACCCCUGUAUAAAAGCCUGCCAUCUGUUUCGUAGAUCUGUAAAUCUUGUCCUGUCCAGCCAUGACACUGAACGUGUUGCUACGUGUACAAAACGUUUUUGGUACAGUCAUCGUGUCCGCACUCAUGUUCGGACUGCUGUUGUUGCCAAAGUUUAUAAUACCACCGCCAAAAUACAAAAAUCUUCACAAGAGCGGAUUUCAGGAGCGUCAAACACAUCCAAAGAGUGCAGCGAGCAUUUCGGAUGCAUCAAAGGAUGUUAAACUUAUUUUAUAUUGGAUUCCCAAUUCUUCUGGUUUUAACUACUUCGGGUUGAAAAAAUAUCACUCCUCAUUUGAGGAUUUGAAGUGUCCCGUGGGUAACUGUAAGGUGACGGAGGAUAAGAGUGCUGCCUAUGAUGCCGAUGCCAUCAUUUUCAUGGGUCCUGCGUUAGGUAAAAAACCAGAAAAACGGAACCCCAAAACACGCUGGAUAUGGAUCAAUCACGAGAGUCCAUGUCACUCGAAGUUAUCCAGUGAUUGGACAUUCAACUGGACGAUGACUUAUAGGAUGGACAGCGACAUCUACAGUCCAUACGGAUUCCCCCUCCUUGACAAAAAACACGAUGAAGCCAAGAAAAGGGAUUUCCUAUCAGUUGCCAGGAGCAAAACUAAAUUAGCGGCCUGGACAGUCAGCAAUUGUAAUGCUGAAAGUCGACGUAUGGAAUAUGUUAAGGAAUUACAGAAAUAUAUGAGCGUGGACAUUUAUGGGAGUUGCGGGUCAUUCAAAUGUGGACUCGACAGGGACACUAAAUGUAGCGAUAUGUAUGACAAAACGUACAAAUUUUAUCUUUCAUUUGAAAAUAGUUUUGCUACGGAUUAUGUCACAGAAAAAUUAUAUAAAAUCCUCCCAUUGGACGUUAUCCCGGUCACACGUUCAGGUGCCAACUACACGCGUCUUGGCAUCCCUCCAUCCUGGCACAUAGACACACACGACUUUAAGUCUCCCAAAGAGCUGGCACACAGACUGAAAGAACUAGAUAAAGACGACGUUGAAUAUGCCAAGUUGUUGCAAUCAAAGGCUGGUAUUCAAGUCUCUUCUUGGAUUCGUGGUUAUUGUGAUAUUUGCGCCAAACUUCAUUCUCCAACGGAACCAGUGAAAUCCUACAGCGCUCAUGACAUACGUAGUUGGUAUGGUACAUGCAAACCCCCUGAUGAUCUGCAGUUUAUAAAAUGAUUACUUUAUAAUUUGAACAUUGAAUUUUCAUCGGCUAACACGAAAAUGUUUCAGCACAGGGGCGAUCGGUCUGCCACUAGGUGGCUUUUCGAAAAAACCGGAAGUCUUAUACUUGUGAAUCGGCUAAAAUUUUGAAGAUUUCUUCAUGAAAUACGCCAUGACUGCCACAGCCCCCACUUGACACAAUGGUCAUUAAGCGUAAUAUACACCUUGUUAGAAAUAUGUUCAAAGUCUAUAAGACAGAAGUAUCUCCGGAUCCCAGAAUGUUCACAUGUUCAAAAGUAAUUGUUCAGCUGUCUAAAAAUCUUAACAGAGAAAAAAACCCCGUUAAGCUGCAUUUGUCAUAAUUCAAAAAAGCAUUUUGGUGCAAGCAAGUAAAAUCAGAGAAUACUCCGUGAAAUAAAUGUCAUUUGAUGUAUGCAAUAUAAGUUAAGUAUAUAAUAAAAUGUUCGGCCAAGUUUUAUAAGA